CCGGGCCUCGGCCUCAGGGCGGCCCGCUGCCGCGUUGGCGGGGGGGAGGUACCGGGGCGGCCAUGAGGCCGGGGCGGGUGAGGGCUCUCCUGGGCCACCGCUUUUCUUUAAAAAACCUCCAAGUACAGCUUAAGUAAAAGCCUCUGCUGCCAGUGCGGCGUGGCCAUCCCGCCCAACCCGGCCAACAUGUGCGUGGGCUGCCUGCGGGCCCAGGUGGACAUCACCGAGGGCAUCCCCAAGCAGGGCACCCUCCACUUCUGCAAGCAAUGCGAAAGGUAUCUUCAGCCUCCAGGAACUUGGAUUCAGUGUACCCUAGAAUCAAGAGAGCUUCUUGCUUUGUGUCUUAAAAAAAUCAAAGCUUCGCUGAGCAAGGUCCGGCUGAUCGAUGCAGGCUUUAUUUGGACCGAACCACAUUCUAAGAGGCUGAAGCUGAAACUGACUGUUCAGAAAGAGGUGAUAAAUGGAGCAGUUCUUCAGCAAGUAUUUGUGGUGGAAUAUAUAAUUCAGUCUCAAAUGUGUGAAGACUGUCAUAGGAUUGAAGCUAAGGAUUUCUGGAAAGCUGUAGUGCAAGUCAGACAAAAGACUCUGCACAAGAAGACUUUCUACUAUUUGGAACAGCUGAUUUUAAAACACAGACUUCAUCAAAAUACACUUCGCAUCAAAGAAAUCCAUGAUGGUCUGGAUUUUUAUUACUCUUCAAAGCAACAUGCCCAGAAGAUGGUUGACUUCCUUCAGUGCACAGUUCCAUCUAGAUCAAAAUCAUCCCAACGUUUGAUCUCGCAUGAUAUUCAUAGUAAUGUCUACAAUUACAAAAGCACUUUCUCUGUGGAAAUUGUUCCAAUAUGCAAGGACAAUGUUGUAUGUCUGUCACCAAAACUGGCACAGAGUCUGGGAAACAUGAGCCAGAUCUGUGUGUGCAUUCGAGUAACAAGUACCAUCCACCUCAUCGAUCCCAGGACCCUGCAGAUUGCUGAAAUUGAUGGAAAUACCUACUGGCGCCACCCUUUCAAUAGCUUGUUCCACCCCAAACAACUAGAGGAAUUUAUCAUUGUGGAUAUCAAUAGGGUUCAAGAAAAGAAAAAAGGUGCAGGUGCAGGGGCAAGAUCAAACAAGCACACGCUGGCUGAAGCCUGGGUACAGAAAACCUCGGAGUUGAAUACAGAUCAUCAGUAUUUCUGCUGUACUCACUUGGGGCACAUUCUGAAUCCCGGCGACCUUGUCUUGGGAUUCGACUUGGCGAACUGCAACUUAAAUGACGAGUUUGCCAAUAAGAUGAAUCCCCACCAUAUUCCUGAUGUGAUAUUAAUAAAGAAGAGCUAUGACCGUACCAAACGCCAGCGUCGCAGGAACUGGAAGCUGAAGGAGCUGGAGAGGGACAGAGAGGGCGCGGAUACAGACGAUGAAAGGCAAUACCAGGACUUCCUUGAAGAUCUUGAAGAAGAUGAAGCCAUAAGGAAGAAUGUCAACAUUUACAGAAAUGCAGAUGUUCCAGUGGAGAGUGACACAGAUGACGAUGGUCCUCCACGAAUCAGUCUGGCUGAAAUGCUAGAGGAUCUCCAUAUUUCUGAGGAUGCCACUGGUGGGGAGGGAGCAAAUAUGAUGACAGAAUAAGAAUAAUGCAUUAAUCAAUGCAAUAAAUAGUCCUUUGGUGAGGAAAAAGUACCCAAAACAUUAGUAAACAUUACAAACUGAUGGCAUGAACAUGAGAAGUAAUGUGAUAACUACUACUGUACCCCUUUAAUAAUGGUCCUGAAUUCAUAUUUUAUAUAUAAUCUUCUAGAGAAUCAGGAAUUAAAUUUCUGGUGUAAGCAUUGCAAUAUGAAUUCCACAAGUUUCUCCCAUCCCUGAGUGUUCUCCCCGUGCAGCUUCUGUGGUAUAAAGGCCUCAGCUGGGCAACAGCAGGGUUAUACAGCAGGAGGAAUCAUUGUCUUGUGCUGAAGACAGCUGGUCAGAAGGAUGUCCAGAGGGAGAGAUUUUAUUCUAGUUUGCUAGAUUUGUAGGUAGAGUACCUACCUACUAUUUAUUGAUUUCGUUUCUUCACAUGGGAAGGAUUUUUCCUCUCUUAAUCUUUUGGGUACCAUGAUUUGAAGGUUUUUGUGAGACUGCUAGAUUAUUCCAUAUAGCAGUAUUUUGGGGAAGCUCAAGAAUGUAUCUUCUCUUCCUUUGGUAAGGGAACUCCCAAUACACAUGUGUACACAAAAAACUUUCCCUAUAAAUUCAUUGAAGAUGCAGCCCAUGAUCAGAAAGAUUGGAAACUUCUGUUAAGUGUAAUAAAUAUUGCAUUCUACUAUAUUCCUUGCCUGUAUCAGCGGAUUAAAAGCAAUAUGUGUAAUGUGUAAUUAAUACACCAGCUACAAACUAUUAAAAACCUAUACAGAUA